UACUAAUGUGCAAAUCAGAAGAAUUUCCAUCAGCCAGCGCAGCUGUAAAGGUGGACUGCUGGAACUGUGUGGCGUGCUUUAUUCUCUCCAUCUCUUUGUGUGGAUCUAUUUACUCUUAAAGCUCGGCUGCAAGAGGUGUCUGCUCAGUGUUUAAAGGACUCUGCAGGACCGUGACUCUGUUCAUUCAUCUUCAGACAAAACAGGAGGACGGGUAGAUGAAUCAAGGGAAAACAUACAUUUAAGCAACGCCUUAUUUUUUUUUUCUUAUUUAAAUGGACUUCAUGUCUCUAAAUCCAGUGAUUGCAGUUUUGUUUGACCCCAACUAAGAGAGGUGAAGCAACAAUGUAGUCACUGGCUUCUGACUUAUUUUGGACAGGAUUUUCACCUGAUCAGAUAUUCAUCACUCUUUGCAGAAAGGAGGAAUUUCCAGAGGAAUUUCUGAAAGACUUGAGUAUUCGGCUCAAUCUAGAGCAUCCUUCAGACUGAAUUAGUACGCAUCCUUGAAGGAAACUUUGUUACCUUGGUGGAGUUUUUCCCCAUUUGAUUUUCUUCAGAGGAGAAUUUUAUUUGAGAAGAUUUUUAUCAAAACUGUCAUUUAGAAGCCAGGAUGCAGGUAUCCUUAGUGUGCACAGAUCACCGUGGGGGAGUGAGCCGCAACACAGAGGACCGGCUUAACCGCCAGAAUGCCAACAGCCCCAGCACAGGCACCCGCAGCAAGUUCAGGGCAGUGGCGAUGGUUGCUCGCAGUCUUGGGCAGCUCUCAGUUCAGAGCGUGCCCUCCUCCAGCGAGCAAAGCAUCAAGACGGGCAUGAAGUAUAGAAACCUUGGAAAGUCUGGCCUGCGCGUCUCCUGCCUUGGAUUAGGAACAUGGGUGACAUUCGGUGGGCAGAUAACGGAUGAGAUGGCAGAGCAGCUGAUGACUCUGGCCUAUGAAAACGGCAUCAAUCUGUUUGACACAGCGGAGGUCUACGCUGCUGGAAAGGCAGAGGUGGUGCUCGGGAACAUCAUAAAGAAGAAAGGAUGGAGACGCUCCAGUCUGGUGAUAACCACAAAGAUUUUCUGGGGCGGCAAAGCAGAGACUGAAAGAGGUUUAUCUCGAAAACACAUUAUAGAAGGUUUAAAAGCUUCUUUAGAAAGACUGCAGUUAGACUACGUGGAUGUAGUCUUCGCCAAUAGACCCGACCCGAACACACCAAUGGAAGAAACUGUACGAGCUAUGACGCAUGUAAUAAACCAGGGUAUGGCCAUGUACUGGGGAACAUCCCGCUGGAGCCCGAUGGAAAUAAUGGAGGCGUACUCCGUGGCAAGGCAGUUCAACCAGAUUCCUCCUAUAUGUGAGCAGGCAGAGUAUCACAUGUUCCAGAGGGAGAAGGUGGAGGUGCAGCUUCCUGAGCUUUUCCAUAAGAUAGGUGUUGGGGCCAUGACAUGGUCUCCGCUGGCUUGCGGGAUCAUCUCAGGGAAAUACGACGGCAGGGUGCCUCCCUACUCUCGGGCGUCUCUGAAGGGCUACCAGUGGUUGAAGGACAAGAUCUUGAGCGAGGAGGGCCGGCGUCAGCAGGCGAAGUUGAAAGAGCUGCAGGCAAUCGCGGAGCGGCUGGGCUGCACACUGCCCCAACUCGCCAUCGCGUGGUGCCUACGAAACGAGGGGGUGAGCUCUGUCCUUUUAGGGGCAUCAAACACGGACCAGCUGAUGGAGAACAUAGGAGCGAUCCAGGUCCUACCAAAGCUGUCAUCAUCGAUCACCCACGAGGUGGACAGCAUCCUGGGGAACAAGCCGUACAGUAAAAAGGACUAUCGCUCCUAACGGGUGCAAUGGCCCCGCCCGGUAGGGCUGCACCCGGCCUGCAGCUGCAGCGCCCCACAUUUGCCUGAUCCUCUGUUUGCUUGAGCUUUUACUGAGUGAGACCCUGGCGCAUGAGUCUGGCCUCACCAAGGCCACGCAGGGCACCUCAUUUAGAGUUACAGAGAUAACAAAAAGGGGGAAUAAAUCGAGUCACCUCCGCAGGACGGGACGGUAUAUAAACUGAACAGUAAGAGAGGUUAGGGAUAUGCGCUCAUAAGUAAAUCAGUUAUACAUCUUAUUCAGCUGAAAGUACUUUAAAAAUCAUAGAGAAAAUUUAGGAAAAAACAUCUUUUUAAAAAAAAAAAAAAAAAAAAAGCACAUGCUUGCUUGGCAGCCAGACCUUUUUUUUUCAUAAACAUUUUUCUAAAACUGAAUGCAACUAAAAAAAAAAUAAAAAAUCUAUAUAUAAAGUUCAUACUGUAGGAAUAUGAGAACUGCUGUUGCACAUGUACCAUAGACAUGCAUUUGUUCCUGAGACGUUCUGUUUACAAACACUUGUGUAAAAGUCCGUCAAAGUUUCUCUGUAAGAACGUUUGUGUUGUUGACGUCAGCGGGCCCCUCGAGGGCCUCUAUCAGCACUUUAGUACUGUCAGUAAAGGUGUUUGGGGGAGGGGGGGUAGUUCUAAAGAAGAGAGAACAUGAAUAUAAACAUAGUCUUAUGUCGUAACCAUUGCACUAUAGAUUCACGUCGCUUCUCGUCCUCCCUGUGUUCCCGCUGACAGUACGCUUGUCCAGCCUGACGUACCGAUGCUCCUGGUGGCCAGCAGGAGCAGCACUCGUCUGCAUCACUGUGUUCCCCACCCUGCCGUUUUAAAGGCCGCACAGGAGGCGAUGGCGUCUCACCUCUCCUUGAUCGAGUUCUGUUCCAGUAUUUGCCUUAUUUACAGUUGCAUCGUACUGUGCUUUGGGCUUCAGCGUAGGCAGGCAGCCCUCCUCCUUGGCUGGUCCCAGCUGAGGCUUCACUGUUGGGAGUGGGAGGAAGGAGGCACGUGUCCAGUUAAUCAGUGGGCUGCAGCAGCUCAGGGAAACGGAGAGGGUGGUUUCAUGUGGGCGUCAGUGUUUGGUAGGUUUAUUUCGUUUGUUUUUGUUUUUAGCAUGGCUCGAGCCAAAGAUCUUUGUCUCUUUUUAGCUGACACACUUUUACUUCCUGCAACAAUACGGGGUCAUCCUUAAGCAUGUGUUGUCCAGCUUGGUAUAUCUAUUUAUGGGAUGGACUCUAUUUCAUAUAUCUUUACCUGACCAGACUCUUAUAGUGGUUAGCAAAAAUAUGUCCUUCAUAUACAGAACGCGCAAGUAGUGCGGCCAAAUGCUUUUAGUGCGGUAAGAUUCGGCCUAAGCAGCAGAAAACCCGGCAGACCUGGUGCUGAUGGCAUCAGUGUUUGUCCUUUGGGGGGGUCUCUUACUGUGACUGAAGCACAAGCUGAUCGCAUGUGACACAUCAGCCGAUGGGGUGAGCAGGAUGAUGCUUCUCAGCUUUAAAAAAAGUUGUGUACAUAAAUCUUUACAGCUCAUAUAUCUCACUCUUAUUUGAAGAAAGCUAAGAGAAAGAAAAAAAAAACACAAGUGCAGAUAAAGAAAAAAAAACUUUCAGUGUUAAUCAGAGAUGUAAGCACUUCUCAACAACUGAAGAGAUAAUCAGAGGGGAUAUGUUACGUUUUUCUUUGAGAUAAACCACUUUAGUGUGUGUGUGUAGACAUGGAGAUGGGAUAAAUAAACGAAUCCUGCUCUUUAGCCUGCUGUAAUAACAUCCAUGUUUAAGUCAUAUUUGCAUCAUUUGUUUUUGAGUAAAUAAAACAGAUGAAGGCCAAAAUAGGUUUCACUCUGGAAAAAUGAAAAAGUUAAUUUAUCUGUGAAGUUCCUGUCCUGGUAUUUUCAUAUGCAGGAAGCAAAAAAGAAGUCUGAGACUUUGAAAAGGAAGUGGUGACAUUUUAGG